CUGGGCUAUCACAGUCCCACUCUCAUUUUUCCCCCCCAGAAUUUACCCAGAUUUAGUUUUGCAACGAGAUAUGUCCCAGGAAUUAUUGAGAUGUAUCUAGUUCCCUUCACUUUCCAUCUUUGUUUCUUAACUUGGCACAGGAAUGUACUUUGACGUCAGAUUUGGGAGUGGGGAUAGUAAGGAAGACGACGGAGAAUGAAUCGCUAGCUGGCGUGGUCUGUGGAAAGAAGCGGAUGGCUUUUUUCUCUCAAGCGACUCGCUCCCUAUAAAGCAAUGUGAAGUGUUUUCUUCCCACAGCGAGGACACAAUAUGCACGCAGCUGGAUGCUGUGAUUAAGAUCCACGCAUUGCCAUCCAUUGUUCAAGCAGGGUUUUUCUUUUUUGCUUUAAGGAAGGACUUGGAUUGAACUAUUUAUUCCUCAACUGAAGCACACCUACAGCGUAAACGGCGUUGAGCAGUGCGCGUGGCUGAAGAGUACACAAGCAAAUAAUUGAACAGUGAAAAAAUAAAGUCACGCAGCCCGGGAAAAGAACAAAAACAUGACGGAGCUGAGGAAAAAGAAGCUAUUCGUCCUAGUGGAUGUGCUGUGUGUGGUGGUAGCUGCAUUACCUUUUCUGGUAAUGACCAAAGUCUUCCGGCCCUAUCAGCGUGGGGUGUAUUGUGAUGAUGAGAGCAUCAAAUACCCCAUCAAACCAGACACCAUUACCCAUGGCUUGCUGGCUGCUGUCACCAUAUCCUGCACCGUCAUUAUUAUAUCCUCAGGAGAGGCCUACCUGGUGUACAGCAAGAGGAUCCACUCAAAUUCGGACUUCAACCAGUAUGUGGCAGCACUCUACAAGGUGGUGGGCACCUUUCUUUUUGGAGCGGCAGUCAGCCAGUCACUAACGGACCUGGCCAAGUUCACCAUUGGACGCCCACGGCCCAACUUCAUGGCAGUCUGUGCCCCCAAAGUUUGCAAAGGCUACAUGCUGCAGAUAAACUGCACUGGCAACCCACGUGCUGUCACUGAGUCCAGGUUGUCCUUCUAUUCUGGUCACUCCUCCUUUGGGAUGUACUGCAUGCUGUUCCUUGCGCUCUAUGUCCAGGCAAGGCUGGUGGCAAAAUGGGCCAGACUCCUGCGCCCUACUAUACAAUUCUUCCUUGUGGCCUUUGCUGUGUAUGUGGGCUACACUCGUGUGUCUGAUUACAAGCACCACUGGAGUGACGUUCUGGUGGGGUUCCUACAGGGGGCACUCAUCGCCAUACUUAACGUGCGCUAUGUGUCGGACUUCUUCAAGCAGCGCCCCCCUCUCUGCUCAAACCCAGAGACACCUGAGACUGAGGAACUGGAUCGUAAACCUGGCCAACCGAUCGCAGAUGCAGAGCACAGCAACCAUUCCAGCUACCCGGGGGCAGUGUGAGAGGGAAUCCUCUGCUGUCCCCAGCCUUUUGCAAACCACUCUGACACACC